AUGGCGAAGUCGGGGAGGUGUGUUCUGUCGUUUGGUGAUACUGUACUUUAUGAGGCUGAUUUGAAAGCGUUAGAAAAUGGACGAUGGCUUAGUGAUCCUGUUAUUUCGUUCGCAUUCGAAUAUCUUCAUGAGAAAACUUUGGAUGAGACUAAGAAAAGCAAAAUCAGCUUUGUAAAUGCAGCGGUGUGUCAGCUAAUUAAGCUAACCAAAGCAAAUGAGGUGGCAGACCUUCUUGAUGAGCUUACACUUAAAGAAAAAGAACAUGUUAUUUUUGUUGUGAACGAUCAUGACGAUCCGUCAAGAAGUGGUGGAAGUCACUGGUCAUUGCUUAUUUGUCGCCGAGAUCUUCGACCUCAUUUUCUGGUCAUUGACAGUGCACAAGGUACCAGUUCAGCGAAUCGCAAACCGACGGAUAAGCUGAUUCAAAUACUGGCAAGGUAUUUCGGACUUCCGAUAGAUACACGCAUUGAACGAGCCACAAAACAGUAUAAUGGCAUGGACUGUGGGAUGUUUGUUAUUGAAUUCACUCGACACUAUAUCGAGAGUUUGAAACGGGACCAAUUCACUGUUGAUUUCACGCAGUUAAACGCAGAUGAUGUUAAAAAGCAGCGGAAAGUGUGGGGUUCACUAAUUCGUUCACUGGCCGAAGAUUAG